UGCAGCGUAUUCGUUCUGCUCGUCUUCGGAAGCAAACAUGAAGUCGUCUCUGUCGGCCGUAUGGACGGCUGCGUUCAUCCUCAUCCUUCUCCCUGAGUGUGUGAGAGGGAAGGACUGCGUUUGUGAGCUGAACAACCUCCAGCGUCCUUUCCCGAUGGAGAAACUCGACUCGAUUCUCUCUGCAGCUGACCAGUGCAUGAAGAGCAUCACUUCAACACAGUUCAUGGAGGUGGAUGUACUGAUGUUGGGGGUGCAGCGGCGGCUGGAGCAGCUGGAAGAGAGCGUGUCUGUGUUGGAGAAGGAGGAUGAUGGUGGUCUGUACGGAGCUGUUUCACUGCGAAUCAUUGAGCUCGAACUCGCUGAGGUCCUGGAGCUCAUGAGUAAACUGAACAAAACCAUCAGCUCCCACAAGCAGCUCAGUCAGAGCACUGCAACCAAGCUGCAAAGCAUGACAGAAGGCGUGCAGGAGAUUGAGAGCUUCGACCUGUCGCACGUGGUGAGCAAACAGCGUGAAAAUCAGCGCAUUAAACGAGAUUUGGCUGAGUGUCAGAAUGAGCUGCAGGCCACCCAUCAGCCUCCCACUGCUCGUCCACGACGCUGUCCACAAGGCCAGUUGAUCAAUGUGACCGGCCCUAGGACUUACGCCCUCACCUCGUACGGAACCUCGUACUCUUACGGCGCCUGGGGAAAAGACCCGAAACCUGCUCCAGGGAAGGAGGACGCGUAUUGGCUUGUAGCUCUGACCUCCAGCAACGCUUUUGCCAACUAUGUACGUCAUUACAGCAGUUUGAGCACUAUACUGGUCGGUGUGGGUCAUGUGGACACCAUCAUUGCUCCUGCAAACCCCACCACAAACACCAUCUUGGGCCCUAAUGUGGUGCAGUACGGAGGUGCGCUAUACUACAACUGCUAUAAUUCACCCUCUGUGUGUCGCUUCAACAUCUCUGCCCGCUCCGUCACUAAUACACAACUUCCAAAAAACUCUGGCUUUAAUAACAAGUUUCCUUUCGGCCACUUGAACACUGCCUACAUCUACACAGACCUGGAUUUUGCCACAGACGAGUCUGGUGUCUGGGUCGUCUAUUCAUCACCAGAGAAUUUUGGCAAUGUGAUUCUUAGUGAAGUGAUAGAAGGAAGUCCUCCGUCUCUGGGUCAGACAUGGAACACGUCACUGCACAAGCGCACUGUCACGAACACCUUUAUGGUAUGUGGAGUGCUUUACGCCACACGAUUCCUGGACAAAGAGACGGAGGAGAUUUUCUACUCGUUCGACACAGAGACAGGCGAGGAGCGAUACGAUCUGAAAAUCCGCAUAAAGAAGAUGCAGACCAACAUCCAGUCUCUGAAUUAUAACCCACAAGACCAAAUGCUCUACGCCUACAGUGACGCCUACAUCGUCUCUUACAGCACUGUCUUUCAGUAAACGCUCAUCUUUACCCCUCUGAUUACAGGAUUUUUUAUACUGCUAUGGCAAUGACGGAUCUAUGAAAUUUAAUCAGUGAAAUUAAAUGAAUAAAUUGCAUACAUUUAUGACACAUUAAAUAUUUUGUGCUUUGUUAAAAUCACACCACUACAAAUGAUCAUCUUGAGCAUUCUGAGUUUCUACACCAAUAAAACAUGUCUAUGCUUCUUUAAUCAAAGACAGACAAGAGACAAUUGCUUUAUAAUGUUGAUGAAUGUGGAAAAGACAUCAGAAAGCUGCUAACUUCCCUCUGCUAAAUUCUGAUAAUUAUGUAAGAACUUAUGGAAAGCAAGGACAGCAUUAAACAGAGGUACAUUACAUACCAGUUCACUUUUAACAUACCAGUACUUUGUUAAUACAAUGUUAUAUUCAGGUAUAUAAGAUGCACUAUUGUUAGUAAAAUAAAGAGAAGAUAAUUUUAUGUCAAGUUUGAUGUCAAGCAUUAAAAGAAAAGACAGUAUUAAAACAGAUGUACAUCAGAAGAGCCAUUUUAGCCACUCUCCGACCAAAAUUAUUUGCCUGGAGACACAAAACAUAUUUGACCUUUAAACAAGUAUAACAAUUUGUUGUUUUUUGCAGAUUUAAAGCAGUUGCCAAGUUGAAACACUAGGUAGCAGUAGUGUGGUUUUUAUUGUAUUUGGAUGUUAAAAAUGUAUACUUUUUCUACUUUUUGUCACAAAAUAGAUGCUCUGAUAUUUUAAUAAACGAUUCUUUUAAAUAUC